AUGAAAGAUAAAAGUAUUCAAAUUAAUUCUUAUAAAAGCACCAUUUUAAUGGAUUUAUUGGAAUAUACUCAGCAUUUGAUUAAAAGUGGUGAUAAUUCCCAAAGACAACAGGCUCAUGAAUUACAAGCGAUUAUUCAAAAUAGUUCAGUAAAGAAUGAAACACAACCAAAUAAACUCAGUUAUACCCCACUUAUUUUGAGCGGAGUUUUAGUAGUAAGUUUGGCAUUGAUAAUUGGUUAUUUAGCAUUUGACCUUGUUAACGGAACAUUAGAUAUAUUAAUGGUUAUAUGCUUAACAGCAAUUCCAAUAAUUACCAUUGCAGGUUUAAUCCUUAAUUAUGGUUUUAUCUGA